AUGCUCCGGAUGAGUUGCAAGGUCAUAUCAGUCAUCGGCACCACCGGCGUGGGGAAGUCGCAGUUUGCCGUCGAGCUGGCGCGCGCCGUUGACGGCGAGAUCGUGAACGCCGACUCCAUGCAAAUGUACCGCGGCCUCGACCAGAUCACCAACAAGCACCCCGUGCCCGAGCGAAAAGGUGUGCCGCACCAUGUGAUGGACCACACGCCGUGGGACACGGAGUAUUUCAUUCAUAGGUUUAAGCAGGAGGCUAUGGCGGCGAUUUCGGACAUCCACAAGCGCGGAAAAACCGCCAUUCUCGUCGGUGGCACGCACUAUUAUCUUCAGAGCCUGCUUUUCCUGAACAAGACCCUAGAUACCGCCACGAGAGCGCAGCUGAGCGACGCCGAGCGGGCAGUUCUGGACGGCCCGCCCGACGAGGUGUUCCGCGCGCUGCAGCAGAAAGACCCCAUUGUGGCGCAGAACGUCGGCGCUGCGCUACGAGAUGCUGUUUUUCUGGCUCUACGCGCGGCAGGACGUCCUGGACGAGCGGCUGGACUCUCGCGUGGACAAAAUGUUGCAGCAGGGCGCGCUGGACGAGAUCCGCGAGCUGCACGCGUUCCGCAGCCAGAUGGAGCCCAAGAUGGCGCUCGACCGCGGCGUCUGGCAGGUCAUUGGGUACAAGGAGUUCCUGCCGUACCUGGAAGAGGGCCCUGA